UGAAUACUUUGAAGACUCAUUUUCAAGUGGUUCAUGAAAUGUUGACUGGACCAUUUUGUAGCGGAUUUGGGUGGGACAACGACAGAAAAACUGUUACUGCAGAAAAGUCAGUGUGGGAAGCAUAUUUGCAGAGUCACAAAGAAGCAGCCCCUUCAAGAUCAAGUCAUUCCCUUGGUAUGAUGACUUAUGUAUGGUUUUUGGCAAGGAUCGUGCAACUGGAAAAAAUGCAGAGACUGCAGCAGAUGUUGUUGAAGAACUUCAAACUGAAGAAGAAAACACUACUCUUGGAGAAGAUGAUUUCAACUAUGCUAACAAUGUGGAUGAAGUGCCAUCUAUGUCUGUUUCAGAUGCAACAAGAGGUGUUCAAUCUCACACUCAAUCAGAUGGGUCUUCAAAGAAGAAAAGGAAAACUGUAAAUCAUGAAGAACUUUAAGAUGCACUCACACAAUCAGCUUGUA